AGAGGGCGGAACGUCCGCCGAGCACAGCGACCGCCUGAGUCUACUGUGUGGACUGUUGGGAGGGCUGCGUGCUAUCUGUGGCGCGGAUCCCUGGGCGUCAUUUCGCGGCGAAGUCUUGCGUCCUCUGGUGUCCUUUUUCUUUGCGCCAGCGGGAACCACUAUCUCUGCAUUCCUGGAGUUCUCUUACAUGUCUGUUUUCCUCAAAAUGAGUGUUAGUGUCAAUUUCUUCAGACCCUUUGCCAGGUUUUUGGUGCCAUUUACCCUUCAUAGGAAGAGAAAUAAUUUAUAUUCAACAGUAUUGCAGAGAUACAUGUCUUCCAAAAUACCAGCUGUUACUUGUGCUAAUAAUGAGAGUACAUCCCCUUCUGAAGAGCUAGAAUUGGAUAGGUGGAAAACUACCAUGAAAUCUAGUGUGCAAGAAGAAUGUGUUUCAACAAUCUCAAGCAGUAAGGAUGAAGAUCCUCUAGCUGCCACCAGAGAGUUCAUUGAGAUGUGGAGACUGCUUGGCAAAGAAGUACCAGAACACAUCACUGAAGAAGAGCUCAAAACCAUGAUGGAAUGUGUUUCUAAAACAGCGAAAAAAAAAUAUUUAAAAUAUUUAUAUGCUAAGGAAAACGCUAAAAAAGCUAGGAAAAUAAAAAAGGAAAUGAAAGCAGCAGCAAGGGAAGAAGCAAAAAAUGCCAGCCUGCUAGAAACCACUGAGGAAGAUAAACAGCAAAACUUUCUAUUUUUACGACUUUGGGAUAGGAAUAUGGACAUUGCAAUGGGCUGGAAGGGUGCCCAGGCCAUGCAGUUUGGACAACCUUUGGUUUUUGACAUGGCUUAUGAAAAUUAUAUGAAACCAAAAGAAUUGCAGAAUGCUGUUUCCCAACUUUUAGAAAGUGAAGGCUGUAACAGAAGAAAUGUUGAUCCUUUCCAUAUUUAUUUCUGCAAUCUAAAAAUAGAUAGUGUGUAUCAUAGGGAGUUAGUUAAACGGUAUGGAGAAAAAUGGGACAAAUUGCUUUUAACAGCAACAGAAAAGUCUUAUGUAGAUUUAUUUUCAAAGGACAGUAUUAUCUAUUUAACUGCAGAUUCUCCCAAUGUUAUGACUACUUUCAGGCAUGACAAAGUUUAUAUAAUUGGAUCUUUUGUUGAUAAGAAUAUGCAGUCAGGCACAUCCCUAGCCAAGGCAAAACGGCUGAAGCUGGCAACUGAAUGCCUUCCAUUGGACAAAUAUUUGCAAUGGGGUGUUGGUACCAAAAAUCUCACCUUAGAUCAAAUGAUGCGUAUUUUGUUAUGUCUGAAAAACACUGGUAAUUGGGAAGAGGCUCUGAAGUUUGUUCCCAAGAGAAAACAUACUGGUAUUCUGGAGAUUUCUCAGUAUUCUCAAGAGUUGGCCAACAGACUGAAGAAGGCAAAGACUUUUCAUUCAUUUUCAAAAAAAUCCCUAAAUGUGUAUGCACAGAACAAGUGGUUCAAAUGAGAACAUCUGAUGGCUUAAAAAGUAAAUGGGUUGGAAAUAUCAUUCUUUUAAUGUAUUUCUUCCCAAGCAAUUCAUUUUCUCUUCUAAAGGUGGUCUUACACAACUAACUGCAGGGUUGUGUCUUUUCCCAGUUAAGUAUCUGCAUAACUUUGAGAUUAUACUUUGUUUACUAUAAAAAAAUAAUAAAGUAAAAAGAGUUGUCCAA